AGAGGAGGGGUAGUGAAAUCAGAAAUGUUGCAAACACCCCUUCUGCUCAUUGCAACCCAAUGCACGGUAUUGCGAAAGAUGCCGCUUUUGAGAGGGUGCUGGGGGUGGGAGGGAAGAGUCCAAAUGCCUUUACCUUUCAACUUGCGGCGUUCCUGAAAUAAACAGAAAUGGCAAUUUUUCUUCUUGGUGUAGCUGUGAAGAGAAAGGAAACCCGACACGCAGGCCUCGUUUUCUGCGUGUAAAAUGUGUGUGUUCUUUAAAAGGCAGUGGUUGGCUGCUUUCCGGACAUGAUGUGGUUGAAGCUGUCAUCGUAAUGGAAAUUCAUUGCUGUAGCUAUGGUAAAUCGAGUUUUCUGCCUGUGCUGAAUGCAUUAGUCUAAUGAGAUGUUUGCAGCUGGAGAGCUGAGCUGCUGGAGACUUGCACUGUGCUAAGAGACAGGGAGAAGAUGGCUUUUGCCAGGGUCUGUGUGACUGUGCUGAAAGUCCUCUGCCCUUUGGGUCCCAGUGCCCGGGCUCUCUAAAGACACUGCUUAGUGUUUUAACCUAAGCAAUAGGUGUUUUAAAGGUAACUUUGAGAGAAGACAGAUCACGGGAAUGAAAUGUGUGCAGGUGCCUGGCUAGCCCUGCCGGUGCCUCCCUAGCUCCCCAAGCCCAGACGCCACCCCAGCCCGCAGCCCACCGCCUGCUGACAGAGGGUGAAGCCCGGCGUGGUUCACCCCGGGGCAGAUGAGCCACCUGCCGUGCCUGCCCGCCAGCCUGGCCCCAGGGGAGAUGCAGUCCCCCCGAAUGGCGGGGAGAAAGCGAGGGCGGCCCCCACUCCAGCCAGCACCCAUCAAAGUGGCUGUUCACAACCUCUACUCUGCACCGGCCGCUGCUUUGCCAGUCGUGAAGAUCCCAAAGAAGAGAGGGAGGAAGCCUGGGUACAAGCUGAAGUCUCGUGUCCUGAUGACUCCCUUAGCAGUCUCUCCACCGAGAAGCACACCAGAGCCUGAUAUUAGUUCAAUCCCUCAGGAUGCAGCUACGAUACCCAACUCGGCCACCCCACAGGCUCUCACAGUCUGCAUUUAUGUCAACAAACAAGCAAACCUGGGGCCGUACCUUGACAGAAAAAAAGUGCAGCAGCUCCCAGAGCACUUUGGGCCAGAGAGACCAUCCGCAGCCCUGCAGCAGGCUGUGCAGGCCUGCAUCGACUGCGCGCUCCAGCAAAAGGUGGUCUUCUCACUCAUCAAGCAAGGCUAUGGAGGAGAGAUGGUGUCAGUUUCAGCUUCUUUUGAGGGGAAGCAGCAUCUCAUGAACGUGUUGGUAGUGAACAGCAUCGGGUAUGUCCUGCGCUUCCUGAAGAAGCUCUGUCGCAGCCUCUUGUGUGACAAUCUCUUCAGCAACCAGCCUUUCCAGCAAUACAACGCCGUGUCGGAAAGCCCAGAGGUGUAUGAGAACAGACGGGUGGAGGCAGAAACAUUCACACCUGAGGACUACGUGGCUGAUCCUGCAAAUAUGAAGCGGUAUAGCAUGGAUCCUGCUGAUUCUGCCUUCAGUUGCAUGGGCUCCAUGUAUUCCUUGCGGCAGAGUCCUGCAGAUGGACGUCCUGCUGGAGGCUCUUCUUCCUCCUGUAGCCAUCGUCCUGCCCAGAUGUCUUCAGGGGGGUCCUCAUCUACUGGCCUGCAUCAUCAAACCUCCAGCCCAACAAGGAAUGGGACCUAUCUUGAAGGAAACAGAAGUGCCUCAAGUCCUUCACCAGAACAGCAAGACACGACUCGGCCAUCAAGCAAGAAUCCUUUGACCUGGACGGUGGAUGACGUGGUUUGGUUUGUGAAGGAUGCAGACCCUCAUGCUUUAGGUCCCCAUGUGGAGCUCUUCAGAAAACACGAGAUUGAUGGCAAUGCUUUGUUGCUGCUGAAAAGUGACAUGAUCAUGAAAUACCUGGGGCUGAAACUAGGACCUGCACUGAAACUGUGUUACCACAUUGAUAAGCUCAAGCAAGCCAAGUUCUAAGAAUUUCUUGAACAACAACAGAAUAUGACCUAAAUCUAGAUGGAAAACAAAAGGUAACAUGUUGCCUUACAGAAAUGCAUUAAUUUGCAGAUUGCUUUUCCUUCUUUUUUAACAAAGACUUUGUCUUUUUUAACAUUUGUGCAUUGUCACCUUUUUUUAAUCCAAUGGGGUCUUUUGGGAUGCUUUGUGUUAAUAAUUUGCCAAAAAGUAUAUAAUUACAAUAAUUAUUUUGUAUCAUUAAUAUUAUUAUGAUUAUAGUAAGUCCUAUUUUUGUAAUCAGAAGUGGAAAAUCAAAACCAAACACAGCUACGGCAUACACUGAGGACUGCUGGAAGACUAACCAAGGGUCCUUCACUUGCCAUGGGCCCAUCUUGGAGGAGUAACUGCUGACCCACAUCAGCUGGGCUCCAGCUCCACCACCGAUGCUCAAGGCUGGGAAAGCGCAGCGUUUGUUCACUUACUGUCUGAUGGGAACUUCCCCAUGUCUUGCACGAUCUGGAAAACUUGAAAUCCUCGCUUAAGAAAAAAAAAAAAAAGUUAAAAAAAGAAAAAGAAAGAAAAGAAAAUAGGGGGAAAAAGAGGGGGUUUGCUGCUAAAGUACUUUUUCCCACUAGAGGGAGCAGCCCUAAUAGACUUGAGGCUGGCGCUCUGAUACCAUGGUGCUUUCUGUCUUAUGAGCUUUGACCAUGCCGACUCUGCUAUCGAGCACAUCCGUAAAUACCAACAAGGAAUCGCAGGCUCCCAGCAGGAUAAGCCCGUCACCGCUUACAGAUAAUUAAUUCAAGGAAAACCCAAAUGCAGAGAGUGUUUCUGACAGGAUGUUUCCCAUUACGCUGAAGAGGGGGUGGAUGGCUCCCACGGUGUCUGGCACGCUCAGCUGUCGGCUCCCUUCCCUGAGCCGUUCCUCUCUGGUGUACAGUUUGUGGCACUCUAAGAAAAAGCAGAUUUUCUGGGUUUGGUUCUCUUUGCAUUUUAAAAAGCUAGGGAGCUGGGUGGGGGCAUUCCCGGUGAGGAGCAGCAAUGCAGGGCACAUCUCUGCACUUUGCGGCAAUGGUCAGGUCCAGGGUGGAUGCUGUAGGGCUGGUUUCCGCUUGCGCUGUGGCUUUCAGCAUGCAGCAGAUGUGCCGGGCUUUCCUUCCCAAGUGGAUCAAAAAUAAUGGUCUUACUCAAAUCUUAAAGGUACUCACUGAUAUUCCAUGUAGCCAAGGGGAAGAAGACAUGUCUCAGGCUGAGGAAAUAAUCGGCGGCAUAGGUAUGCCCUCUUUUUAUCCUUCCAAAGGAGGACUACAAAGGGACACAUCCAUACAGUUUAAAACCUUAGUGUGUGGCAAGGAGAGGUAGCAAGUAUUUGCGAGACGUGCAGGUUAUUUUAGAGCUAGCCUCAAUAGAAUUGAGAAGUGGGGUCCUGAUAAUAUGCAGGACGUCAUACUGUCCAACCCUGUUUAUGUAGAACAGACUGUUGCCAAAAAUACCUCAUGGAAUAAAAUUCAACUUGAUGCAUGUUUCUAGGGUAGAACUCCUACAGAAAGGUAACUGUUCAAGGCCUAAUCCUGAAAAUCCUUCAUAUGAGAAACCAUAUUCCACAAGACUUUCACUAAACACUCGGGGACUACUCCCACAAAUUAAAAAAGUUGUCUGCAUAUGUUCGCAGGAUUGGAUCUCUACAGGACUGACCAGCUUUCAGCAAAUCCUGUUGGCACGCUGAAGCAACCUUAACAGGAAUAUCUGAACAAGUGUAUUAAAUGAAAAGUUGUAUCCUAUCAAGUGAUGAAAUAUACCGAACUGUAAUUGUGCUGAUGCUUGGAACGUAACACCCUUGUGUCUGUGGUGUAAAGAAUGGAAAUCUGUUCAGUUUUUUGUCUGAGGCAGAGGCAUCUUCACAUCAACAUCAAACCUGUACAGUACAUUUUUCACUCUUACACUUUUUAAAAAAAGGUUUUUAUUCCCCACAAAAAUCCCCAAAAUAUGUACAAAUCUUGCUGUAUUAGUAAUAUCACCUGCAGAGAGUCCUCAAACAAUCUUUUUCUUUGCUUGCCCCCCCCAUAAUUUUGAACUCAGUUAACCUCUCCUUUUUUAAAAGAGGUUAUUUUAAUUCCUCCACUUAAAAACCCACCUUCCUGUAGCAUAUCAAUAGCCAAAUCUGGUUAGACUUCAUCAGAUGGCUUCAAUGCUGGAAAAUCCCACUUUGUCAAAAUCAAAACUCUUCAUAAAAGCAUGUCACUUUCUAACGUAAAAUUCUAUUUAACUGAAACUACAGCUUUUGGUAAUGUCAAAACAUCAUUUUGACAUUUUGGAAAUGGAACAUUUUUGUUCCAAGAAGAUUUUUGCAUUUUAUUGUAUUUUCCCAGAGAAUCUGUAACCUCACAUUUUGUUCUGAGAGUGGGAAAAAAACCAACCCAGAACUACAGAGUUUCCUGAGCAAGAAUCCUUCCCAUUCAGUUCAGAGCCUCACCCCUUCCCUCCACCUCCCCGUACUCUGGGCAUUACAGCUGAGAGGGCUGAUAAUAUGAAUGCAGUAUUUAUAGACCCUGUGGUGGCAAUGAUGUUCAUACAUUUAAUAUGCUGAAAUAGUUUCCAUGUAUGUGUAUCUGACGUAUGCAGUCAGUGGUGCUAUCUCAUUUGAUAUAACACUUGCAGGUACGACAGGACUGUCCAGGCCAGAUUGGGACUUGAUGAUGUUAAAGGUAUUUUCCAACCUAGUUGAUUCUACGAUUCUAUAUUUAAUGUUCUGUUUUUUACAGGGGAGGCAGUUAGUGGACUCAUUUUACAUGUAAGUAAUGCUCAUAACAAAAAUUCCUCACUGGAUGGUUUUGUUUUCUUUUUGGUUUUUUCACUGAAAGGCAAUUAGGAUGCAAACAUUACUGCAGGAAUAUUGCAAUUGUAACUAAUAUUUCUUUUUCAGUUCUUGUCAGUGAGGGUAGUUAAGCAGCUCUGCUGUGCCGAGGGCGUCAGGCCAUUUCCUCAGAAUAAGCACUAAAGAGCCAGAACGUGCAUGUCAGCUGCUUCUCCAUUAGCUGCUGCUUUAGACAUUGCUUAUACAAAUUACUUCACUUGCUAUUCCAUUCGUAGCUCUCUCAGCUCUCUCGCUUCACAUUGCAGCCAACCCAGUUGUAUUUUUGAACUGUUCCCAGCAGGUGGGUAGAUGUGCAUACCCUUAAAAGCUAUCUAUACAUGUGCUUCUUUUCUACUCAGCACUCAUAGCUCACUGAAAAGGCACUCUGGUUGCUUCAGGCGGAUUCAAUACUUUGUGAGCGUUCACUUACAAAAAAAAAGCAAGCAGGCAAAGUCCAAGGAUUUGGGGAGAGCUCUUCCCUUCCAUGAGUGAUGGUUACAGAGCAUCAGGAGCACAGAGGCAGUGGUCCAGGCAGACCAUCUUCUUGAAUCUACUGUGGCUGACCAGCUCAGCUUCUAUCACAGGCCAGCCAUGCCACCUUCCACCCACCUGCUGUCACGUCCUCUUCUCUUGCACCAAGAAAUGCCUCCUUCCCCAGCCAGACCUCAUUGAGUUUCAAGAAAUGCCUCUGGGAAUGCCUCUAUAACUCCAAGCCCACUGUCUUGCUCGGCAGGCUGAGGAGUGUGGCGGCCUUUGCAGCGUUAGCAGCUUCUCUCCACAUGAUUAAUGCAGGCAGGCACUCUUGGGACUGGCAUGUAAAGCAUCACUCUGGGCUGUUAUUGCCCUUAAACUGAUCACUGAAUUUCUAUGGGUUGUCAGCAGUCUUCAUGAGUUACACUUCUUUCCUUCUUAAAGAAAGAAUGUCUGUGAGAGAUUAAGUAGAACAUUAUCAGCAAAACCAGCAAUAAUCAGCAAAAUAAUAAGAAAAGGGCUAAUGAAGUUUUGGCAUGAAAAGAUGUCUCUGUUGGAUUAGUGGCAGGAGCACAUACCAUCCUCUGGUUCAACCAGCAUUGCUUGGGCAAGGCAGGAUGAAAGGACAGCAUGGAAGCAGGUGUACAAAUUUAGAGAGGGAGCAGCUCCAAAGCCUGGCCCCAACUCCAGCAGCCACAGACGGCCUUUCCUCCAGCCCUGGCACAGCCACCCCACGGCCCCUUCCUGCCCAUGAGGUGCAGCAUCCUUCCCUUCCUGGCUGAGCCAUCUGGGGGGCUAAGCAAGCUCAGGCAGGAAUGUGUCAGCUCUUAUCUUCCCCAAACAUACACUAAACUCUUUAGUUAAUUAGUUAGUGCCUUCUUUUUUUCCCCUCCUCCUGUGUCUCUCUGUCUUUUCCUUUCAAUGGCUUCUAUUUGGAAAAAGACAUCAGGAACCUGUGGGUGACCCCUCCAGCUCACCACAUGGAGGAGCAUCUCCAGGAUCAGAUAUCCACCAGAAUGCAACUGGUCCUGGCUUGUCACUGGGGAGGGAGGCAAGAAUUAAAUGUCCCCAUCUUAUUAAUUAAAAUUAAAUGCUUUAUAGGCACUCCUCCUCUCUGAACUGCAGCCUCUCUCCCAGGAGGGAAGGCAUCUCCCAAUCAGGCCUGGUUGCUUGGCUCUUCCCCAUGUGGCAAGGACGAAGGCAGAGGAGAUGCCCAGAGGAGGUGCCCAAAUGGGCUGGUCCAGCAGGCCGGCAGGUAUGGUGGGACCAAAACCAGCCACUGCCCUGGUUUGAAACUGGUUUGGCUACAGAGAGGCGUUGUGCCCAGGGUUUUGGUCCAGGGGAUUUUGCUUUCAGUUAUUUAUGAGUCACACCCCGGUGUUUCAGAAUGCACAUUCAGUCUGUUGCUGUGCAGAUUUUGACUCCAAAUCCACCCUCUAGAGCCUGCGUUGGGGGAUUUGCUCUGCUGGCAUGGGCUGCUUCCACAUCAAUAGGCUUGGGGUUGCUAGGGAAAUAAGUCAUAAAAAGCACUUUGGGGGCAAAAAUUCAGGGAAAUGGCAGGUCAGCAAGGGCCUCCCUCCCUUUCCAAGCACUUCUGUAUGCAGAACCUUACUGACGUAGCUCCAGAACGGGACCCAUCACUCCCCAUCACUGGUAAUUUGGUCAUGUGGAGCCAUUUCGGUUUUCCUUCUCUCACCAAAAAAUAUGGUCCCAAAUUCACCCACCUUCACCAGAGAAAGCAGGCAAGUUGCUGCACACAUUGCCUCUGAUGCCUUGUAAGAGUUGCAUGCUACUCUCUAAUCCAUGCUCCCUUCAUGGGCAAUUGGAAACUGAUUCCCUUCAAAAUCUAAAAUUUCGCUUGAAAAAGAAUCACUUUUAUUCACUGCCAUGACUUAAAUAUUAUGGAAACAUGUCUGCUAACAAUUUACUUUGUGUAAUUUGCACUAAUGCUAAUAAGCAACAGCUGCAACACUUCCUGUUGUAAAUUCUAUUGUGGUUGCAGUGGUAUUAUCACAUCUGUACUUCGCAAAUCUGAUAGACUCUAGCAGAACUCGCUCAUUCCGGCCCCAGCUCCGGCAAAUCCCCGUGCCUCAGAAGUACAGCUAUGAAAACGUGGAUUUACAGUUUCUGCCUCCCUUCGCUCCCAGAGCCUCUGCUCCCCACCAGGUGCCUGGAGCUAGAGGGGUGGGUGGGGAUGUGGUAGCCUGGAGGUCAGCCCAUGCGUGCACAGUGUGGUUGGAGAGCAUUGCUUUCAACAGAGACAUCACUGACUGGUCAGGUUUACUGCAGUUCAAGCAGACGGGUUUCAGUCAGAGGCUAAGUGCAGGAGAAAUGUGAUUUAUUAAAGAAAAAGAAAGAAAUAUGAGUGUGCAAUACAUUGCCACCAUAAGACUUCAGCUGAAACCCAAGAAUCUUUCAACUGUAAUCUAAAGAAAAAUGUUCCCCUCACUCAAGACGCUAAAUAAAGCAUGUUAGGCCAAACCCAGGUCCCACUGAGGUCUGCCUAUUGAAUUCGUAAGUCCGGGGCUUGGCUCAUAAACCAGGUCAAGCUUCAGCCACAUCCCAUAGUAACUAGAGCCUAACAAGCUAUUUCAUCCUCCCUUACAAAGAGCGGAGACAGCCGCCGCUGGCCAGCCCGCUCUCCCAUGCUCCCAGGAGAGCUGCUAGCUUCCUGGUAGAGAGCUCUUCCAGCUGCACCUCUACCUGAUCCAGACACCUUCUCCAGUUAGCUUUGUGUUUUAGCUACGAGUUUCAUGAAGGGUGAUUUGGGUUUUCCAGUUCGCAGCAAACCAAAGCCCGUGCGCUGAGGAUUUCAGCCGUGCCACUAGUCAGAAACUCGCCCAGAUUCAAACAUGACUUCACUGGGACAUUUCCACAUGUUCCUGAGGCAAAGCCCUAGGUGGAAUUUAAAAACAAAACUUUUCAAGAUCAGUCCCAGUGACCCACAAUUUUUGGCUCCUUCAGCACACACGGCACUUCAUUAUACUUCAAAUGGUUGAGUCUCUUGGUAGUGCCAUAAUCGGACAGGAAUAGCUCACAGGACUUCAGAAGAGACUCCAUCUCUGACUAGAGAGUCUUGUUCCUCUUGGUCUAUGGGCAGCUGCCAGAAAGCAGCAUCUGAGGCUGAACAGAAGAGUGUGUGAGCAUGUAUGCUGCUCGGAGAGGCUUGCUUGGCUGCACAGACAGGCUGUGAAAUGAGUGAAAUAAGAGCAGGGCAGAGCAGCUAGGAAGGCUGGGCUCAAAUAUGGGCAAGUCCCAAGCUUCGCGGGGGUUCUCAUGGAGUUUGUGCCAUGUCUCCGGGAUCAUAUUGAACUUUCCCUGCAUAUGAGCAGUGUGUCUUUAGCACCCAGAGUUCUCCCGUGGUGUUAUACAAAACUGAGAUCAUGCUGCCUUUUUCUUUUUGAACAUGAAAUACAGGCAACAAAUUUCUUAUUGUCAGAGAUCUCUGAAGGAGUGAGGAAUAGGAAAAAACUGAAGUCUAAGCGGUACAGGAAUGAGGACAUUUCAGAGUGCAGUAGUUUCACAGCUUUCAGUGUCUUUCAGCUGAAACAUAGGAAAAGGGGAGAAAAGGAAUUUGGAAUCUCAGUGAAUCCAAGCCAGUGAAAGACCAGUGAUUAAUUUUAUCCCUCGUUUUGAUGGUUUCCUGAUUUGUAAUGUGUUUUAUGGCCCUGAGCAUUUGCUGCAGUGGCAGUAUUGUGAAUUGAUCCACAUGUCCAGGUUCCACUGGAACCAAAUGACUGUCUCUAAAACCUAUCUGUCUUCUUCAUGGCUUUUCUAAUGUGCUGUAGCAUCCACAAGGCUUCUGAUCAGCUUGGUAAGAGUAAUUUUCUUGUGGAACAAAAGCUUCAGAAAGCAGCUAUAGCCAUAGCUGUGUAGCAGGUCAACAUACACUGUGCUUUUCAUUUUAUGCUUGUCAGAAACCUAGUAGUAAAAGAAAGUCUCUUGCUUACAUAGUCUAUAUGUUUUCAAGAAGCCAACCUAACUUCCAGUCUUCCAUUGACCUUGCUGUAAAUUUAGUAGGGUUACUCUACAUUUUUACCAGCGUAAAUGAGAUCAGUAUCUGAUCUACCAUUUGACAACAUUAACAGUUCAAAUACAAGCAUGAUUGGCUGCUGUUGUCAAAACUCAACAUCAGUAUUUGUGUCACAACGACAUGUAGAGAUUGUGUCUGGCGCUGUGCAGGCGUACUAUGAGACACUUGGCUUGCCCUAGAGAGUUGACAACUUGAUAAGCCAAAAGGGACAACCUAAGGAGAAGGGCUUCCUAGAGGCAGACUUCCUUCCCUAUUGCAGAUAAAUGCUGAAAACAGACAAAAAUUGAUGGCAUGAAUUUCCCAGAGCCAUGCAAAGGGAAAAUAGCAGAACACAAAGAAAAAUGAAGCAGAACUUCCAUUGCCUCCUUCCCAACAGUGUUAAACCUGAUCUUUGGUGAAGCCAGGAGUUUGAACCCAGACCUCCUGGUCUGAAUCUAGUGCUAUACUCACAGGACCAUGUGCUCUCACUGUGUUCCAGCCUUUCUCCCUGUGCUGUCCACAUCCGACUUCUCGCACAGGCCUUGCCUACAUCUUCCUUAUGCACCUGAAUUAUAGCACCCAAAUGGGGCUUUAAUAGCCAGUCAGUCCUUCACUCUGCCCUCCUUUUUCUCCAUCUCAGUCCUCCUCUGCUCUCUAGUCCUUUCCUCUGGAACUUCCCACCUCUUUUCCUUCCUAUUCCCCCACUGUGGGAAUAGAGCCUAGUACCAGUUCUGCUGUGGCAAAGACUACCAUGCGCUGACAUCUUUGAAUUAGGUUGUCUGCAUUUUUUUUUACAUACUCUGUAUCUCACACAAAAACCCCCUUCCACUGCUUUCAUUUACCAGCAUGAAAGGCACUUUCUGAGGAUGGUUUUUAACUAGUUGGCUGAUGACUAUUUGCAAUAAAUACCUCAUUGAAAGUUCAGCACUUUUAUGCAGGGUGAAUACAGUUUUCCCCUCUACCUUCCAUCUUCUCCUAUGCUGCCUCUUGAUAUUCAAGCUGCUUAAAUGCUUAUUGGUUUGAACAGUCCCAUUUACACUGCUCACUGCGAUGAAUCCUUGGCUCCCACCCUGUUGCUGAUGGCCACAUGGACCAGGCUUGGUCCUGUGAAUGACACACCAUUAGGCAGGUGUGAGCAUCAAUGUGUGAUGAGCACAGAGCCACCAGCAUCGCUACCCCAGACCUGGAGAAGGUCCAGCUUCAGCUUGCUUUCAGCCAGUAUCAGGAAGUUGGUUGGAAAGAAAGGUUGCCCGUUGCCAGUGAUAGACAACAGAAGGUAGGAACGAGCCAACCAGUUGAGGGAAGAAAAGCAAUGUUGGCAUAGACAAAAUCAGCAGUGAGGUAAGGCCAUGCUUGUAAGUGUUGUAAGAAAAACCGCAUGGCAACUGGCAUUGCAAUAUUUACAGCACCAUCCUUCAUACUGAAAUACAUGCAAUAAAGCAGGGCAGAUUCACACAUGGAUACACAAGUGUGAGUUUAGAGCAAUGGCUGCAGCUUCUGUGGGGCUACUGCAUAUUUCUACCAGUGGGAAUGAGAUCAGAUUUUGGCUCUGGGUCUCUGUUUCCAAACAGUGUGAAGGAUAAAAGCAGAACAGUUUCUAUCCAGCUGGAAAGUGGCAACCUUACAUCAGGCCACAAAAUAGCGCAACUCUUGCUCACACCUUUUUUUUUUCUUUCUAAUGCUGCUCUGAGCUCUCUUCCAACUCCUCAGCAUCAGCUUCCAAGGCUAGUGAAGCAUGGACAGGGAUUUUUUUGAUGUAUGUGCAGCUAUCAGUUUUUCUAUUGCUAAUUGGGCUCAAACUGUGUUAGCUUUGAUUUUUAAUGUUCUGUAAUUUGCUACAUAAGCCUCAGUUUCUGCAGCAGCUGUAUAAGCAGGGCUGCUUUCAUCAUAUCCUGCAGCUAUUUUGCAAUCUUGGGCUUUUUUAUAUAACUACCAUAUACUAUUCUUGCCUUCCCUGAAAAGUGAAUGACAUCUCUUCCCCAGUACUGUACAACCUGAGGAAUGUACAUUUUGUAAGGGACAUCAGAUAUCAAGUUAGUGAAUUUUUUUCAAGCAAAACCUGCUAGAGAGAAGAAAAAUGAACAUACAAUUUGAUUACAAUCAAGUGUUCAAGCUAACACUUUCAUUCCAUCACUCCCAAAUUUUUUACAGCCUAUACCACUUACUACUGAUAGACACAACAUCUCCACACCUCACAUCAUCAGAAGAACACAUUUGCAACUGCUCUCAUCCAGAUCCCACAGCAGCUAACAGAAGCCUGUCCAGCACAAGACAUGGGUUUCUCCUCUGUGGCUGCUCUCAAAACAUAGAAAUCAGCUCACAUACACUAGCUCACCAAGCCUCCUUCACCUGCCUGCAUGCAUAAUAAAAACAGGAUGUAAAUAAUGAGAUUUCCUUUUUUAAUAAAAAUGUGUUGUCAUGGUGAGAUUCAGGGUUUGAAUGAUGCUGACUUCAGUCUUAGGUCUUGUGACUCGAUAUGAGGUGUAUAUAAGGCUGGUGUAUUUUGAAAGUCCUUGGCUCAGACUAUCCCACUUGUUCUCACCAUUCUGCCUGGUUUUACUCCAGCCAGCGCUGCUACACUGGUGUCACCAUGCUCCUACUCUCUUCUUGACGGCAAGAGACAGUUGUGUUUAUUUCACUAUCAGUAUAAUACUGUUAAUUCAGCCCCGUGGGCUGCAACACAGGUGAUGCUGCCUGAGUGCCCCCCUGGAAAGAAAAGGCUGUGUCAACUCCCCUCAGUGCACCCACCAUUGCUUUCCAGGGUGUUUCAAUCACAUCCUGCUGUGUAAACCUUCCUAGGCUUCUUUUCUGAUGCUGAUAUAAAUCUAGACCAUUGCCACCAAUGUCAGCGAGAUGAUACCGAUGUCACACUCACUGGUGAGAGAACAGUCAGGAUUUCUGUAUCCAUCUUUUACACAUCUUUGCCUUAGCACUGUUUUGGUUUGCUUUCUUUUGAUGAGAGAGGAACAAAAAAGCAUCUUACCCUGUGACCAUCUCAAGGUCCCAAUGCAGCAAUGUAGUUCUGUGCCAUUUGAUGCCAAGCCUGAACCUUUGUGUCACUGCCAUGAGUCUCGAGCUUUGUUUCAAGUUGACCGCUCAAUGUGCUUUUCUGAAUCUAAGUAAUUUCUAAUUCUGUGAAGCCUGAGUAAUUCUUUCACUUAAUGUUCAUUCUGCUCUCCAUUCAUUUUACUUAGCACCAUAUUUUAGCAUUAUUUUAUUUUUCUAUGAUAUUGUCAGGAAGCGAUACACAAUAUGGGUUGCUUAGAUGCCUACAUGGGCUUAGAUGCUUACGACUUUUCUUAAUGUAAGCCUUCUCCAUUUUCAACCAAGAAUUCUUACUAAAGAUGACAUAUAGGAUAUGUUAUUAAUUAUGCCAGGAUUACCAUAUGAUGCUAACAAUAAUCAGGUACAAGACAUCUGUCCCUUAGUUCCACCUAUUGGAAAAGCAAAUCCUUUAAUACUUUGCCAUUCCUCAGCUAUCGAAACCUCCCCUAAUAAAUCAUCUCCAACAGUGAACAUUGCAUUAUAUUGAAUAGUUUUGUGUUCACUUUGCAAAUACGCAAACAAGGGAGAGCUCAGGUAAAAUGAAUGUGGAACUUACAGUGAGAAUAACAUGCGAAUAAAAUGCCUGGAGUCCCAGGAGCAGCACGAUUAUGACAAACAGCAUAUUAGUACUGCUCUCACCCUGCCUCGGAGGGUUUUAUUGAAGUGAUCUGUCUUCAGCUAUGGAGGUGUAUGCCUUUCUAUGUGUACAUACACACAGGCCUGAUGUAUGUACACAGAUAUGCACCUGCCUACCAUAUGUACACUUCAUACAUAUUCAUGCAUCCAAACAAAAUAAUAACUGUCAAUUUAGCAUGUUCUGUAUGGGUGGGUCCAACAUAUUCAUCCUAAAUAUGUACAGUGUUUCAAUGCACAUGCAACCAUUUAACAAAUAUAGUGUCAAACUGUGAUUCCAUUUUUAUUUCUCCAGACAUUGUUUUUUAUCAUUUGCAACUUAUUCCUUCCAGUGGAUUCUCUGUCACUACUUAGAGGCAUGUUUUAAUGUAUAGCUGUAUAUUGACUGUUCUGUGUGCUGUAGGCUACUGUUUGCAUCUUAACUAAGCUGAGUAUUACUGGUUUAAAUGUUCUUAGUUUUGUACAACAGACUUUUCCUUGGGUUUCACAAUUUGAUGCAGUAUGUUUAAGAAUGUAGUAUAGAGGGGGACCGGCUGUGAUAAAGUAAGGUCCCAAACCUUCAGAUUUAUGUUUCAUAGAAAAAGACAGUACUUUCUUUUACUAUCGCAAAAUUAUUUCUGUAUUUUUAAUAAAGAAUUGCAUUUACUUGGUUCUAUGUAUGUUUUAUCUAAUAAACUGUAUUUUUUAAA